AUGAUGAUGGUGAUGAAGUUUCUCUUCCUUGUGGCUGGAGCCGUGGCAGCCCCCGAGCUCUCCCCGCCUCCGCUCAGCUUGCUCUCCGGAGAAGAAGGGGGUCCCGUUCGGAUCAGCUGCUUUUCCCCAAGGAACUACGCCGGCAGCACGUUCGAGCUCUUUGGCACGGGUGCGAGCCGCCCGGUGCAGAGCGUCUCCGCCGAGCCGGGCCAGUACAAAGUCGACUUCAUCCUGGACGGGGCCGGCCUGGGCUCCCGGUGCUACCGGUGCCGGUACAGGAGCUACAAUGGAAGCGCCUGGCAGAGCUCCCACUUCAGCGCGGAGGUCAUGGUGAACGCCUCGGCCGACUCGAGCUGCGCUGCCCCGGCCGUCCCGAGCAGCCCGCCCCAGCCCACGGCGAUGACCCUGCAGCAAGCUCGCUCCUGGAUCCUCCCGGUCGCUCUGAGCGUGGCCGGCCUCGUGCUGCUCGUGGCGGUGCUGGCGGUGGUGGCCCAGCGAGCCAAGGCCAGAAGACAGCGGACAAAGAGGGAGCAGGAGUCGUGCUGGACGGAGACGCGAUAUCCCACGACAGAGCUUUCCUACGAGAACUGCGCGUUCCCCGUCUCCCUGAGCGGACGCUGGGGAGCCGAGAGCGGCCGCGGCACCGCCCCGUCCCCGGAGCCCCCGGAGAGGAGCCCCGCCGGCGCUUCCUUCCCGGAGACGCCCCACUUCAGCACCUUCAAGGCUUUCGAGUGACCCCAGCGAUGCCCAGACGCGCUGGCGCCGUCCCCACCGUGCCUGAGAUGUUACCCCGGGACUCCCAGCUGCUCCGGGGCGCCUGGCU